AUGAAGUGUUUCCAGUUAUUCGGCAAACAGAAGCUCAAGGGCGGAGAUUCAGCUCCGGAAUUGAGCGGCAGAAGCAGAAGGAUAAGCAGCGAUGAAGGCACCAGCAACCGCGCGGCACAAUCGGCGGCCGGCAGCUCGUGUUCCCCUCGCCGGACCAUACCUGAGAUUUACAGAGCGAGGGAGCACGGCCUGAGGGUGUUUUCUCUGUCGGAGCUCCGUGAGGCGACCAACAAUUUCAACAGGCUGCUUAAAAUCGGCGAGGGCGGGUUUGGAACAGUUUAUAAGGGCUCCCUCAAACCCGCCCCGCCAAAUCGGCCCAACAUUGUCGCCAUUAAGAAGCUCAAUGCCCGUGGGCUGCAGGGCCACAAGCAAUGGGUUGCGGAGGUACAAUUCCUUGGUGUACUGGAUCACCCCAAUCUCGUGAAGCUUUUAGGAUACUGUUCCUUGGAUGGAGAGAGGGGAAUACAAAGGCUCUUGGUUUAUGAAUACAUGCCUAAUAAAAGCUUGGAGGACCAUCUUUUUAACCAGGCUGUGCCAACAAUUCCUUGGCUAACCAGGAUAAACAUUAUCCUUGGGUCGGCUCAAGGAAUGGCAUAUUUGCACGAGGGCUCUGAAGUCCAGGACUUCAAUGCCAAACUCUCUGACUUUGGGCUGGCAAGAGAAGGCCCAAUUGGGGACCGCACGCAUGUAUCUACUGCGCCAAUCGGUACACGUGGAUAUGCGGCCCCAGAAUACGUCGAGACUGGCCAUUUGUCAGUAAAGAGUGACAUUUGGAGCUUCGGUGUGGUCCUAUACGAGAUACUAACAGGAAGGCGUACAUUGGAAAGACAUCUCCCAUUGUCUGAGAGAAAGCUACUGGAAUGGGUAAAGUUGUUCCCAGCCGAUAGCAAGAGGUUUAGCACGAUUAUCGAUCCACGCCUCCAUAACCAAUAUUCCUUAACUGCCGCCCGGAGGAUUGCGAAAUUGGCUGACAUGUGCUUGAACAGAAACCCUAAAGAUCGGCCUACAAUGACUCAAGUGAUGGAGAUCUUGAAGCAAGCAAUGGAAGACUCCAAAGAAUUUUCUCGUUCUUCGUCAUUGACAACAAAUUACUCAAAUGAAAUAUUAGCAGCUUCCCGACACCUACCCCAGAUGGCACAGGCUUGA